AUGCCUUUACUCGAAAAAUUAACUUUAAUUGAAGUUUAUGAUGAUACACUCAAUCACCUUACUCAAUUUCAACAAUACUUUCAAUCAAGAACAAGAAUGCCUGCUCUUCGUCCAUCCGCUCUUCAAUUUCUCUUUCGCUUUCCGGUAACAGUUGAUUCUGAAUUUUAUAAAUUUAAAAAAAAAGAUACUGAUUUACUUAAUUUUGAUGUUAAUGAAGAUGAUAAAUCGAUUCCGGAUGAUGAUCCAGAACAACAAGUUCAUCAAUCACCUGAACAACUUGCUAAAAUGGAACCUUUAUCUGAUCAAGAAGGUGAAGAUGGUGAACAAUUAAGUAAAGAAGAACAACAACAAGUUACAACUGACAUGAUUGAAAAAUGGGCUAAUCAACUUCAAGGAAAAGAUUUUCAUUGCACUCUUUGA